AUGGCGGGGUUCCAUGGUCGCAUAGACCAAAGGCUGGAGAGUCUACCAAGGUCACUCGGCAAGCAAGCGGCGGUUCCAAUUGGGGCGCACGUACGCAAGAGCUGGCACGUGGAACGUCGGCACGUGAUGGCGACGGUGCUCGACGCACUCAAUGGUAGUGACAGAGCUUGUGUGGUUGCAUUAGCGGGCUACAGCGGGUCCGGCAAAACCACCGUCGCGGCCGAGAUCGUUAGGAGUGCCGAGGUGCGAGAGGCCUUCUCCGACGGUAUCGCGUGGUUGCCGGUGUAUCAGGGAGCAAAGGAGCGCCUCCCGUCCUUGAUGCUGCAGCUGGCCCGCAAGGUUCAUGAAGAGAUUGGUGGUAGCGUAGGCCGUGUGCCCAGCGCGUCUGAAGACAGUGCGACCUACAUCAAACAACGGCUCGAGGAAGGGGACAAGAGCAGGGGAUUGAAGUGCCUCGUAGUGGCGGACAACGUGCGGGAGGAGGACGUGGUCUCGAAACUCGUGGAAAGGGGCAUGUGGGUUCUCCUGUCAACCGUGAUGAGGCGGUCGUGAAGCGUGCACGAGGCCAGGCUGUGGUAGUUAACGAGCUGUCCCAGGCAGAUAGGGAGUAAGUGCUGAAGAGAGCGGCAGAGCUUCCCCCCGAAGCCCGCUUGCCCG